AUGGACAAUUCCCUGAGGGACACCAGGGACAUCUCCUAUGCAGGAUGUGCUCUCCAGGUCUUCUUUUUCAUAUUCCUAAUGUCAGUAGAGUAUUUUCUCCUCACCACCAUGUCCUACGAUCGCUACGUUGCCAUCUGCAGACUCCUGCACUAUGAGACCCUCCUGGGCAGCAGAGUUUGUCUCCACCUGGCAGCAGCUGCCUGGGCCUCUGGCGCUCUCAAUGCUGUGCUGUACACAGCCGAUACAUUUUCCCUACCCCUGUGCCAGGGCAAUGCUCUGGACCAGUUCUUCUGUGAAGUGCCCCAGAUCCUCAAGCUCUCCUGCUCCACAUCCUACCUCAGGGAACUUUGGCUUCUUGUGGUAGGUUCCUCUUUAUUCUUUUUCUGCUUUGUGUUCAUUGUGGUGUCCUAUGUGCAGAUCUUCAGGGCAUUGCUGAGGAUCCCCUCUCAGCAGGGACGCCACAAAGCCUUUGCCACCUGCCUCCCUCACCUGGCUGUGGUCUCCCUCUUUCUCAGCACUGCCUUCUUUGCCAACCUCAAACCCUCCUCCAUCUCCUCCCCAUCCCUAGAUGUGGUAGUGUCAGUUCUGUACUCAGUGGUGCCUCCAGCAGUGAACCCUUUCAUUUACAGCCUGAGGAACCAGGAGCUCAAGGCUGCCCUGAGCCAA